GGGCGGAGCUUCGUCCAAACCGGGAAGCGGAGCCCGAUCCGGAGCAGCGGAGGCUGCGCGCUGCGUUCGACGGGAGAUUUUCGGGGCAGUGAGAAGCAAAUCCCGGCCUCACUAUUCUGUGUCUCCCUCUUUUUACACCAUCAGUCCGGACAUGGCCGACCCAGCAGCGGACGGUGAUGCGGGGGCCGCGCGCGGCUUUGCGCGUCAGGGCGCGCUGCGGCAGAAGAACGUGCACGAAGUGAAGGACCAUAAGUUCAUCGCGCGCUUCUUCAAGCAGCCCACCUUCUGUAGCCACUGUACCGACUUCAUCUGGGGUUUUGGCAAGCAGGGCUUCCAGUGCCAAGUGUGCGGUUUUGUGGUACACAAACGCUGCCAUGAGUUCGUCACAUUCUCCUGCCCAGGAGCAGACAAGGGGCCGGCGUCAGACGAUCCCCGCAGUAAACACAAAUUUAAGGUACAUACCUACUCCAGUCCCACUUUCUGUGACCACUGUGGAUCUCUACUUUAUGGACUCAUACAUCAGGGGAUGAAAUGUGACACCUGCAUGAUGAAUAUUCAUAAACGCUGUGUGACCAACGUCCCGAGUCUGUGUGGGACGGAUCACACGGAGCGGAGAGGACGACUGCACAUCAGCGCCGCCAUCAAGGAGAGCAAACUGACCGUAACCAUCAGAGAGGCUCGGAACCUGGUGCCCAUGGACCCGAACGGCUUGUCGGACCCCUACGUGAAGCUCAAACUGAUUCCUGACCCCAAGAGCGAAAGCAAGCAGAAAACCAAAACCAUCAAGUGUUCACUGAACCCCACCUGGAACGAGACGUUCACAUUUAAUCUGCGCGAGACGGAUAAAGAUAGACGUCUGUCUGUGGAGAUCUGGGACUGGGAUCUGACCAGCAGGAACGACUUCAUGGGUUCUCUCUCCUUCGGCAUUUCCGAGCUCCAAAAGCAAGGGGUCAGUGGCUGGUACAAAUUGUUGGGCCAAGAAGAAGGCGAGUAUUUUAAUGUUCCAGUUCAACCAGAUGGUGAAGAAGGAAACGAGGAACUUAGGCAGAAGUUCGAGAGAGCCAGGAUCGGUCCAGGCAACAAGAACACUGACAGCUCGUCAUCCAACAACAUCUCCAAAUACGACGCCAACGGCAACCAGGACCGCGUGAAACUGUCCGAUUUUAAUUUUAUCAUGGUACUGGGAAAAGGCAGCUUCGGAAAGGUGAUGUUGGCUGAUCGUAAGGGAACAGAUGAACUGUACGCCGUGAAGAUCCUGAAGAAGGACGUCGUGAUCCAGGACGAUGACGUCGAGUGCACCAUGGUGGAGAAGAGAGUUCUGGCACUUUCGGGAAAACCGCCUUUUCUCACACAGCUGCACUCGUGCUUUCAGACCAUGGACCGCCUGUACUUUGUGAUGGAGUACAUUAACGGUGGAGAUCUGAUGUACCAGAUACAGCAAGUAGGGAAGUUCAAGGAGCCGCAUGCUGUGUUCUAUGCUGCAGAGAUUGCCAUUGGUCUUUUCUUCCUCCAUUUAAAAGGCAUCAUUUACAGAGACUUAAAGUUGGAUAAUGUGAUGCUGGAUUCUGAGGGUCACAUUAAAAUCGCUGACUUUGGCAUGUGUAAGGAGAACAUGACUGAUGGAGUGACCACAAAGACCUUCUGUGGAACUCCGGACUACAUUGCACCUGAGAUCAUUGCCUAUCAGCCGUAUGGGAAGUCUGUGGACUGGUGGGCGUACGGAGUUCUGCUGUAUGAGAUGUUAGCAGGACAGCCUCCGUUUGACGGCGAAGACGAAGACGAGCUUUUCCAGUCCAUCAUGGAGCACCACGUCUCCUAUCCCAAAUCCAUGUCCAAAGAAGCCGUGGCUAUAUGCAAGGGCCUGAUGACGAAGCAUCCAGGGAAGCGUCUGGGCUGCGGACCUGAGGGAGAGCGCGACAUUAAGGAGCACGCGUUCUUCCGCUACAUGGACUGGGAGAAACUCCAGAACAAAGAGGUUCAACCUCCGUUCAAACCUAAAUCAUGCGGUCGAGACGCAGAGAACUUUGACCGUUUUUUCACCCGCCAUCCUCCAGUCCUGACCCCUCCAGACCAGGAAGUGAUUCUUAACCUGGACCAGGAUGAGUUCCAGGGUUUCUCUUACAUUAACCCAGAAUUCCAAGCUCAGGAGUUCAAGUAGCCAAUAGCAGAGCGGCGCUGGCACCGAGACCAAUCAGAUCGGAGAACCUGAACCGACCGAGUCCUAAACAGCCAAUCGUAUUGAUCAGUCUGUAUUUACAUCUACGCUUCCAUUUGUUUCAUACAACUCAUGCUGGUUAAUCAUCUCUCACCCACACACACACACACACACACACACAUUACCCUUCUAUGGUGUUAUAAACUACAUGAGGAUUAUAAAUGUUUACUUUUUAUUAUUCUGAUAAAAUUAUGAAUGCUGUAUUUGCGUAUCGUUUAGGGGCAGAUUUUAUAUAUAUACAUAUAUAUAUAGAUAGAUGACAUAAAUUGUCGAGAAUAUAUCAGAGAUAUUAUACUGUAAGAUAUAAAGUAUAACAACAAAAAUGUAAUAUUUGCCAAAAUACACAAAGCCACCUAAGUAGACCCGUCUGUUGCUGGUACGUUUUUGUUUACUUAAAAUCCUGUUUGUUUCUUUAGGUUUUUUUGGGCCUUGUUUAUCAAAGUGGAUGCGAAUAAAAAUUAGUUCUCAGGAAAAUUUGGACGAUUCAUGAAAGUUUGGAAAAACUACAAGAAGUUGUGUCAAUUUCCAUAAAACUAACACGAAUCUCCGUUAACUUCGGAUGGUCGAUCUUCUGCUUCCUUUGAUGCUUAAAUCAGAGAUUAAACUGUUCAAUCAGGACAAAGUAUAAAAGGGGGCGGAGUUAAAGCACGUCAUUGGCUGAGCUACAGUGGCUGAGCUGCUACAGCCGACUUUUGGGGUUUUGUGGGCGUGUCUAGUGUUCUGGGGUUUUGUGGGCGUGUCUACAUGUAAAUGAGCCAUAAACACACUCGAUUAAUGCUGAUUAGUUGUGUAUUAUUAUUUAUCAUGUUAUAAAUCCGACAGGGACUUUUAUCUCAGUUUGUGUCUGAAACAUAACAUUUACACACGCUUGAUAAACGAGGCCCAGCGUGAGGAUGUAAAUACACAGAAGAUCUUCAUCUCGUUGUGUAUCUGUGCCAAAUCAAGAGUCAGGGCCGGAUCUGGUCUUGAGAUGUAGUUUAUUUUACAUCAGUGAUCCUCAAACCAGUCCUCAGGGACCAUGUGCUUUUAUUUUAUUAUUUUUAUUUUGAUUUGAUUUGAUUUGCCUCCCAUCUCUAGCACAUGUGUAUCAGGUAUACAGUGUUGUGUUGUUUGGUUUGGGGGGAAUCACUGCUUCCUGUCAGUCAGUGGCGUGAACAUCACACCUGAUAACACCUAAUGACUGCAGAUCCAUCCUUCAUCCUUCCAGCAGAACUUAUCGAUCGUUCUCACAGCCCCAGUGUUAUUAUUAGUGAUCUUAUGUCAAAAAAAAAAAAGUACAUAUCUUUUAUAGUCCAAGAAAACCUACUAAUGUGUGUAGUAGAUAACGACGACUCGUGUUAUAACCAGAAGCCCUCAGAGUCCUGAAUGAGAAUAAAUCGAUCCACUGUGACGAAAACGGUACAUUUUAAAUCUAUAUAAAUAUAAAGUCUAUGAAUAUUCUUUGUUUUUUUUUGUUGUUGUUUCUCAUAUAAACUGAAAAAAAAAAUCCUUAAACAUACAGCACAUUGUUAGUGUGAUAAUAAUGUGUUGUUUAUUGCGUUUACCCCAAACCGGCUGAGCGACCGGCUAACAUGGAACAAAAUAAAGGCAUGUAUACGUUUCAAACCUUUCACUGUUAUUGACCUGAUUUUGAAAUAAAUCUAAUAAGAUCA